CCUCCGCUCGCGCCUGCCCGAAAUCAGACAAAAAUCACUUACUGGCUGAUCACAACCCCAGCGGAAAACGAAAAAGGCGCCGCCGCCGCUGCGUCCAUGACGUCCGCACUUACGUGCAGCAGCGGCUGGCGAGCUUUCCUAGCUAUAUUAACCUUCUUUGAUCGGACGGUUUUCUGUUCAUCAUCAGGUCGAUCUGCCAAUGGGUUGGAGAGGGAUUCUAGGGUUCGAGUAUGGAAUUAUCCAGGGCCCUCUUGGCCCAGACAUUUCUGGCCCCGAGCUCGUCGCAGCCGUCGCCAACGCUGGCGCCCUCGGUACUCUCCGAGUUCCUGAUUGGGAGGCACCUGAUUUUGUUAGGGAGCUGAUUCAAAAAACAAGAACAUUGACAGGCAAACCAUUUGGAGUAGGGGUCGUUCUGGCAUUUCCCCACAAGGAGAAUAUUAAGGUUAUACUAGAGGAAAAGGUUGCAGUAUUGCUAGUGUCGUGGGGUGACUACCCUAAGGAGCUUGUUUCCGAGGCUCAUGAUGCAGGGGUCAAGGUCAUUCAUCAAGUUGGUUGUGUAGAAGAUGCACGCAAAGCCAUUGAUGCUGGUGUUGAUGCCCUUAUUGUUCAAAGUCGUGAAGCAGGGGGGCAUGUUCUUGGCCAGGAGGGAUUAAUAACACUUAUACCGAGAAUAGUGGAUUUGGCAGUUAAUCGAAGUAUUCCGGUGAUUGCCGCAGGUGGUAUAGUAGAUGGUCGUGGUUAUGUUGCUACACUUGCCCUUGGAGCUCAUGGUGUUUGUCUUGGAACUAGGUUUGUUGCCACAAUUGAAAGUUUUGCCCAUCCUUUAUACAAAAGAAAGCUUGUUGAGUAUGAAAAAACUGAGUACACAAAUGUUUUCGGACGUUCAAGGUGGCCCAAUGCUCCACAGCGUGUAUUGGAGACACCUUUUUUCAAUGAUUGGAGGCAUCUACCAGCUAAAGAGAAUGAGGAUAACCAGCCAGUUAUAGGCCAUUCAACAGUCCAUGGGAAGACAAAAGAGAUAAGACGCUUUGCUGGCACUGUUCCGAAUGCCACAACAAUUGGGGACAUAGAAAGCAUGGUGAUGUAUGCUGGCGCUGGGGUUGAGCUUAUUAAGGAGAUUCUUCCAGCUGCUGAAGUGGUUAAGAGGCUUGUUGUUGAAGCCCAACAGCUUAUCAGCAAUAUUUCUGGUGUGAUUGAGUGACCACAAACCAUAUGAGAUACUUAAGGUACUUUUCAAUAACCUUUCAUAAAGCCAUUUUCGUUUGGGACGGCUUUUUUAUUGCUUCUUAAAGCAGCUUCCUAGUACCAAAAAAUUCCGUCCCAAACGAAGUCUUAAUUUGAAUAUGGUGAUAUUUGAUUGUUAUAAGCUGAGAAUUAAUGCUCAAAAUUUUAUUAGUGAAGGUUUCCUGAGAAUAAUAUCAUAUCUAUGUGGCAAUUGAUAAUCAUAAGAAUGAACUGUUAAAUGAGCUUAUUAAUUUAUUCAUGCAAA